AUGCGCGCGCGAUGUCCAGCCGCUGGCAGAGUCUCGCCCACCGGCUGUCCCCCGGCACGGGGGCCGAGCCGGAGUCCGUGGUGUCCCUGCUGCGGCACGGGGGUGCCAGCCAGGUGGCCGGGGCUAGGAGGUCCCUGACGGGGGCUUCGCUGCCCUGGCUCGAGCGAUUCCUGUCCCUCGGGGGUCUGGAGGCCCUCUUCGGGGUCCUGGAGCGCUCCGGGUCCGCGUCUCUGAGGGACACCCUGCUCCAGGUGCACUGCGUGGACUGCCUGCGCGCCGUGAUGAACGCACGCGCGGGUCUCGACUUUAUCGUCCGGGAACCCCGCUACACACGCAAGCUCGCACACGCGCUCUCCAGUCCGAACCGGGUGGUGCGCAAGCAAGUGCUCGAGCUGCUCUCGGCCAUCGUCGUGUACGCGCCCGGGGGACAGCACCUGGCCCUGGACGCCCUGGAGCACGUCAGGACGUCCUUGGGCAAGGCGCACCGCUUCAGCGUACUCAUCGAAGAACUGUCCCACCCAGAGGUGCUCCCGUACGCGGCCACGGUGCUGGCCUUCAUCAACUGCGUCAUCGUGAGCACCGACCACUUCCACGAGCGCCUGAGACUGCGCAACGAGCUGCUCGGUCUGGGCCUGUUGGAGCUGGUGUCCCCGCUUCGCGAUGCCGGCGACGACGAGCUGUUCAUCCAGUGCCACGUGUUCGAGACGACCAGGCAGGCCGACGACGAGCACGCACGCAGCCUGGGACUGGCCGCCACGGGUCAUGCAGAGGUCUUCGCCGCCCUCCUCGACAAGGUGUACGGCCGACCGGAGUCCGUCUCCUUCCUGAGAUUACUUCACAACCUCGACCAGCUCGAUCCCGAUGACGUGACCAGUCGCUUGGCCUGGGAUUUGUUGGAGCGGUUGUCCGAACAACUGGCGCGGGGUCCCGUGCUGCCCCUGUACCAUGACGUGGUGGACCGGCUGAGUGGCGAUAUGGAGAGGCGGCACACCGAAGACAGCGCGGGAGACGAUGCCGAACGACCCGCUCCCAGGGUCAAGCUUAACAUCUUCAAGCUCAUUGGACAGGUGUCCGGGCUGUCCAGAACGCGCUCCUUCCGCGUGGGCAAGUCGGCGUUCAGGGAGCCCAAGUCUCAGCCCACAUCCCCGGCCGGCCAUCGGCGCCGUGCCUCGGAGCAGGCCGACUGCCAGCCGCAACGCUCCCCGAACUCGACCAGCGUGACUCGGCAGUCCACGGGACGGGACGCGGCCAGCCGUUCGGCACCCAGGUCCACCCAGCUGACGCGGUCCUCCGCGCUCAGGGCGCAGCAAGACGCCGUGCUGCAGGGCUCGCUGCACGACGGACUCGAGGCGCCUGCAAAAUCCUCCCCCACGACACAAGAGAUUCGGCGCAGGAGAGCCUCCUGCGAUGUGACUGAGAGUGCUUGCCAGACUCGAGCUUUUGUGCCGUCCUCUCCAACGCUAACCAAGGGUCUGGGCCUGCCGAGUGCAGUGGCACCCGCCACCGGCCCUCCGCCUCCUCCUCCUCCUCCACCACCUCCGCCGCCACCUCCGCCACCUCCCCCUCCCCCUCCUCCGCCCCCACCUCCACCCAUGCCCAGCUCCCACGGCGACUGCGCGACGGUGCAAGAGGUGGUCACGAAGACGGAGGCCCCCACGUUGGCGGCGACGCCCUUCCACACGCUGCCUAAGCCCCGCCAGAAGAUGAAGACGCUCAACUGGACCAAGGUGCCCGACACCCUAGUCUGCGGCGGCAAGAGCAUCUGGAGCGACGUGACCAAGGAGGCGCAGCAGGAGCACGUGGAGAGCAAGCUCAACUACAAGCAGGUCGAGGAGCUCUUCUGCCAGAAGGUGGCGGACAAGCAGGGGGCCGACUCGGCCAAGAAGAAGCGGGAGCCCGCCCUGCUGUCCCUGUUGGACGGCAAGCGGAGCCUCAACGUCUGCAUCUUCCUCAAGCAGUUCAAGUCCGGGCCCGAAGAGAUCGUCGCCAUGAUCCGAGCCUGCAAGUCCAAGGAGAUCGGCGCUGAGCGACUGCGCAUGCUUCACAAGGUUCUGCCUGAACCAGACGAGCUGGGCAUGCUGCGCUCAUACACGGGCGAACGGAGCAAGCUGGGCGUGGCUGAACAGUUCUUUCUGCUGCUGGGCGAGCUGAAGGGCUACGCUCUGUACGUGGAUGGCCUACUUCAGAUGGAAGAGUUUGGGCCGAACGUGGACGCGCUGCGGCCGCAGCUGGACAACUACAUCGGCGUCUGCAAGGAGAUCCUUUCCAACAGAAACCUCAAGGAAUUCCUCAAACUCAUCCUCAUCACGGGAAACUUCAUCAACUCGGGCAGUUACGCCGGUAACGCCCUGGGCUUCAGGCUGAGCACGCUGCCACAGCUCCUCGAGACGCGCUCCAACAAGCCCCGCAUGACGUUACUCCACUACCUGGUCGAGAUCGCCGAGCAGGAGCAGGCGCACAUGCUCGAGUUCACCGACGACCUCCGGCACCUGGCGCAGUGCUCCAGGAUGUCCCUGGAAGGCAUGAGGUCCGAGCUCAAGCAGCUCUCCACCGGGAUCGAAAAGUUGGAGCGGCAGCUGACGCAUGGUGAUGCCGACUUCCGACGGCACUUCGGUAGCUUCGUUCAGAGGGCCCAGGGCCAGCUGCGGGAGCUGUCGGCGAGCCUCGACCAGAUCGGCCAGCUCUCCUCGCGGCUAGCGGAGCACUUCUGCGAAGACGAGAACCGGUUUUCGGUCGAGGAGUGCCUCCACAUCUUCAACAACUUUUGCGAGAAGGUCAAGCUGGCGCAGAAGGAGAACGAGGAGAGAAGAAGAAACGAGGAACGCGCCGAGCGUCUCAAGUCGACGCGCACGGCCGGCAAGACCGGUGGUCCCUCGGCAGAGCCUAAAGCGCAGCAGUCAUUCCAGCUUCUGAUGCAGCUUCUGCAGCGAAACGACACCCGAAGAAGUCGGCUUCCCCCGUUGUAGAAGAGGUGUGCGUCGUGGACAGACUGCUGGCCGAGAUUCGGCAGGGAAGCUUCAAGCUCCGCAAGACCCUGGCCUGAAGGCGUCUUCUCAUCCAUGAUACUCCUUCCAAAUCCCUUCACUAUUUGUUUUAUUGUUUCAUAUAGGUUCGCCGAAUAUAUUUCCUUUAUCACAUCAACCA